GAAGUACAGUUAGUCAAGUGUUGUAAUUGAUAGUUUUUUGUUGUUGUUGUCACUAACAGUAACGUUGGAUAGCCAUUUUCUGUAGGUCUAUAGACCUACGCUACUAGAUAGUCAGCCAGAUAUGGCUCUUGUAGAAAAUUAACUCAUGGUGGAGUUAUCUCAUGGAGGUCAUCGUGAAGGUUUGCUGCAGUAAACAAAACCGAAACGUUUUUCUAGACCUAACUAAUAAUAAACACUCGGUAAACUGAAUUGUGUGGGCCAAACAACGUGAAUUAGUAAAAGCUUUCUGGCUUUCAGGAACUUGAAGAGAUUCGCAAGUCUGGAAUGAAAAACUUCCGAAACAUUCAAGUGGAUGAAUCCAACAUACUGACCUGGCAAGGUCUCAUUGUCCCUGACAACGCUCCUUAUGACAAGGGAGCUUUCAGGAUUGAAUUAAUCUUCCCCGCCGAGUACCCCUUCAAGCCCCCCAAGAUCACGUUCAAGACGAAGAUCUACCACCCCAACAUCGACGAGAAGGGACAGGUGUGUCUGCCUGUCAUCAGCGCAGAGAACUGGAAGCCAGCCACCAAAACAGACCAAGUAAUUCAGUCCCUGAUUGCGUUGGUGAACGACCCCCAGCCAGAGCACCCUCUGAGGGCAGACUUAGCAGAAGAAUACUCAAAGGACCGGAAAAAAUUCUUUAAGAACGCAGAAGAGUUUACAAAGAAACAUGGAGAAAGGAGACCAAUGGACUGAUUACUUGACCAGUGUGUAGCCCCCUCUCUCUCUCCCUUCCUCACCCCCACAACCAAAUGUAUGUCUUCUCCUUCCCCCACUCUCUCCUCCCCAUCUCCCCACACAUCCUCUCCUCCAUUCUUCCCUCACACAUACAUGUCAUCCUAGCAGCCUCACCUCAGCGCAUGGCUGCCGACACAGCCUACCCUUUACACAGGACCCUGGAUCAGACAGGUUUCUCCUCCUCCUGGUGAUAGUUCGAGGCCGUUACUAACUUUCUACUAUUUUCUUAAAUUAAAAUGAAAAAAAAUUGGUUAGAUCACUUCCAUGUUAAAGAUGGUGAACUAAUGAGGGUGGGGGGGAGUAGAAGGAAAUGAUUAAAAAAAAAUCCAAUGUUUUAGUUUGGCUGUUUGUUUAAAAAGAGGAAAAACAAGAAAUCACAGCUUGAGUAUCGUAUGCCUCUUGUGGUAGCACUAAUUUGUGGAAGGAGAUUUUUCUGACAGAGAAUGAAAAGUUGUGGUUCUGCUUUUCUUAUUUUCUGUUUCCUGUUCUCUUGUCUCACCUUGGUCUUGUCACACCCCAAAAUGAAACGUUAGCUAGGCCCUGGAAGUGUGUGCUGAAACGUUAGCUAGGCCCUGGAAGUGUGUGCUGAAACGUUAGCUAGGCCCUGGAAGUGUGUGCUGAAACGUUAGCUAGGCCCUGGAAGUGUGUGCUGAAACGUUAGCUAGGCCCUGGAAGUGUGUGCUGAAACGUUAGCUAGGCCCUGGAAGUGUGUGCUGAAACGUUAGCUAGGCCCUGGAAGUGUGUGCUGAAACGUUAGCUAGGCCCUGGAAGUGUGUGCUGAAACGUUAGCUAGGCCCUGGAAGUGUGUGCUGAAACGUUAGCUAGGCCCUGGAAGUGUGUGCUGAAACGUUAGCUAGGCCCUGGAAGUGUGUGCUGAAACGUUAGCUAGGCCCUGGAAGUGUGUGCUGAAACGUUAGCUAGGCCCUGGAAGUGUGUGCUGAAACGUUUUUCCCUUCUGACUUCUCUGCUUCUGUAGUUGCACUGUUUUCUGUGGAACAAGCCGUUGUCCCCUCAUCCCCCUCAGUUUGAAGCCAGUCCACUGAGCAGACAAACAAAAUGCCAAUCCAUUUAAUAAGGCAAUAUUGUCAUCAGUUACAAGUGUAAUUGACUGGUGAUAAUUGUCUGUUUUUCUCCCCACUAGUCCAAAAUGCCUUUUUUUUUUUUAGGAUUGGAAAACGGAAGAAUACUCAAUGUACUUCAGUUUCCAUUAUUUUCUGUUUAUGAAGAUGCCCCUCUUUGCAUUGGACAUAUUUUCUCCAUUUGCAUUCUGAGACUUCCUUCUGAAAUACUUUUGGUUUAUCUCCCUCUGUGUUUUAUGAGGGCGGCUGUGUAUCCCAUCCACUGCAGUCUGCUCAAGACAAAGUGUGGAAGUUAACACAAUAGUUCUGACUCCUCACGUAAUUGCUGUAAGUCUGUUAUCCAGUCCGCUCAUCAUCGUCACUCCCACCCGUAUUGUCACACGGCACAUACACAUUUCAAAACCCCACCUCCUUUCUCUCUACAUCAAUAUCAUCUCGUCACCGUGAACCAAAUCUUAUUUGUCAUCACGGAGAGACUAACUCACACGUAUAUAUGUAUAUCUCAGUGGCUGAUAUAGCCACUGGAACAGAACAGCCCCCCCAGGUCUUAGUGAAGGGUCAGACCUGACUGGGGCAACACCGGGGGACUCAAGUUGAGUCCAAAAUGGCACCCUAUUCCCUUUAUAGGGUUCUGGCCAAAUUGUAGGGCACUUAUGUGCUGUGUUCAUACGCAGUGCGCUAUAUAGGGAAUAGGGCUCUGGUCUAUAGUAGUGUGCUAUAUAGGGCUCUGGUCUAUAGUAGUGCACUAUAUAGGGCUCUGGUCUAAAGUAGUGCACUAUAUAGGGAAUAGGGUGCCAUUUUUGACACAGCCUGAUUUACCUCAGUGACAGUGGUCCUAUGUAACAGGUACCUUACACUGAGCUGUCUGUCUGCCAGUAGGGUGUAACAGCUGUGUGAUUCAGUCCAAUGUUUCAUAAUAAAGAUGGCUAACCAUUUGG